CAUUGCUGUCACCCAUAGAGCCAUGACUGACACCACUAUUGAUAAAUAUCGCAUUGAAAAGAACACAUUGGUUAUCAGUAACUUAUGGGCCAUACAUAUGGACCCAAACGUGUGGCAAAACCCUGAAGUGUUUGAUCCAAAAAGGUUUGUGACCAGAGAUGGCUCAUUCCGGGCCAAAAUGCCGGGCUUUGCGCCCUUCGGUAUCGGCCGUCGGGUCUGUUUGGGCGAAAAGCUGGCGCUCGCGGACCUCUUCCUCAUAACUGUGCGUCUCUUGCAGUCGACCAAUGAGUGUGUGUUUGCAUUACAAGCGGGCGACGGGUCCGCACACUUAGAGCCCGAACCCAAUGUUAUCUUAUUCUGUGCCCCAAAGCCCUACGAAAUUAUACUUAAAGGGCGUAAAAAUUUUUAUUAAUUGUAAAAACUAUCAGAUUUUUUGU